CUCUGCUCCCCCUCUAGUCGAUCAUCACGACACUUCACUCUCAGACCACCACUCAACAGCAAGAUACUUAAGAGGGAGACCAUCCUUUCUCUCUCGUCCUGUCCCUCGUUUGAACAUCCCGCCUCUUCAUCACAGCAACUACAUCCAACACCACGCCUCAGCCUGCCUGGUGUUAGUCGGAACACGGGAUUACCACAUACGCAUAAGGGGACAGCACACACAGAACACCAGCCGAGAGAUUGCAGAGUGGGAGAAGGAUUCGGAGCCCUCUGCAAAUCCUCCAACCCUCGACCAACACACACCCAUAGACUGACGCGCGACCUGUAACGGUCCCCGCCAGUCCUCACUCGCCAUUCGUGAUGCCCUCCAGACACCUCAGCAGCGACCCCGAGGAUUACAACAUGCUGUACCCAGAGCCUCCGCAAGGCGCCUUCGGCUCGGCGCCCCUGGAGAUGAACGUUUCGCCCGACGCCUAUUACCCAAGGGUUUCGGCCCAGGAGUACCCCACCACUAUGCACUUCGACGCCAGUGCCCUGUACACAGAGACUCCCUACGGCGUCUUUGCCAAGCCCAACGGCCUGAUGUCACCCGCCAUGUACGCCGACGACGGCGAGAUGAGGUUACCCUCGUCCAACCUGUCCAUUGCCUCCAACGGAUCCGCGCCCUCGUCGGCACACGGCUCGCCGCGCUCCGCCCACCAACCCGUCCCUGAGUGGGCCGGCGCCCAUGCCCUGCCCGGCAUCGUGGGCCAGAGCGACUACUUCGCGCCUGGCGCAGAGUACUCGUUCGCCCCCGCGCCCAGCAUGGACGAGUUCAGCGCCGCUUUCGAGUACGCCCAGCAGCACAGCAAGCCGCCAGGCUUUGUGGAUCCCUCUCUCAUUCAUCCCGGCAUCACCCGCCCCCUCGAAAUCCCCACUUUCGAGUCGGCAUAUCCCGCACCCCCACCAUCAGCAUAUCCCGUCUCGCCCGCCCUGACGGGCUCUCCCAACGUCCGCAACGGCAGCACAUCGCCCUUCGUCCCUAAUCAUAAUUACUACCCGCAUGGCCAGUUCGCCGCACCCCCCGAGCCGCGGAGACAGAGCCUGCAUUCUUUCACCUCGGGAUACUCGGCGGAGCCGCACAACAGCGACGGCGAGACCAGCAAGGAGAAGCAGCGAUGCCCGCAUCCUGAGUGCGGCAGGAAGUUCAAGGAUCUCAAGGCGCACAUGCUCACUCAUCAAGAGGAACGCCCGGAGAAGUGCCCGAUCCAGACUUGCGACUACCACGUCAAGGGGUUCGCACGCAAGUACGACAAGAACAGGCACACUCUGACGCACUACAAGGGCACCAUGGUGUGCGGUUUCUGCCCUGGAUCGGGGUCGGCGGCCGAGAAGUCGUUCAACCGCGCAGACGUCUUCAAGCGCCACCUGACUGCCGUGCACGGCGUCGAGCAGACGCCUCCCAACAGCCGUAAGAAGGCGGCCGCCGCCGCGGGCGCAUCCAAGAAGCUGACGGGCUACGCCCCCGACGCCACGGGAAAGUGCAGCACCUGCUCUGCCACAUUCUCCAACGCCCAGGACUUCUACGAGCAUCUGGACGACUGCGUUCUCCGCAUCGUGCAGCAGGAGGACCCGGCCGAGGCCAUCAACGCCAAGAGGCUGGCCGAGGUUGCCGAGGACCGCGAGGUGCACGCGACGCUGGAGAAGAACCAGCUGCCGACGGCCACCAUGACGUCGCCCUUUAGCGAUGACGACGACGAGGAGAUGUACGAAGAGGAGUGCGAGGACGAGUCCCGCGUCCGCGCCGGCGGCAAGUCCACCGCCUCGCCCUCCAAGAAGAAGGGCGGCAACCCCGCCAACGGUGUGCAAAAGUCGCGUGGCAUGACGCACUCACGCAACGGGCCGGCGCACAUCAAGCAGGCCAAGGGCCGCAAGAGCCGGCGCGACUACCCGACGUCGUGGGGGUUCGACAAGGGCCAGAUGACCAUGAAGAAGCGCGUCAUGACCGUCUUUGACGGUCCGCGCCGCCUGGCCAAGGACGACAUGAUGCUGUCGACGGAGCACGAGGUGCGCAUCAAGCUCCAGGACGAGAAGGCCUACGUUACCGACCUCGACAUCCAGACCAUGCGCCGCGCCCAGGGCUUCCUCGACGCCACAGAUGAGGAGAAGGGACCCUGGAUCUCGGACGACCUGACCGAGGAGCAGCGCCGUCAGCUUCACGCUGCUGGUCAAUAAUGGGCUGAGGCAACUUGUCUCUCUGUUCCACACACACACACUCUCUCAAACACAAACAUUUUCACGACUUUUAUGACGGCAAGCUUUGGCCAAUACCCCGGGAAAUAAAAUUAAUGGCGUAGAGAGUGGGCAUGUACUAGGCGCGGUGAAGGGUUUUUGUUUUUCGUUUUGAUCUUUUCCCCCCUCUUGUCCAUUUCCAACAUAUUACACUCUUUGGAUGAGGGCUUGUUUUCUUACGCCUUGUCAUGUCUCUGGAUUUUAUCUCUUGUAACGGAUUGAACCUUGCCGCCGGUUGCGGCGUCACGAUACCCUUGGUUUUUGCUUCUGUAUUUUUUCCAACCCUCCUUCUUUUUCUGUCUUUUUCGUUUAUAUUCUGCCUUUCGAGCAGAUGACGCAUUGCGGUGUCUUACUGAAGUAAUAUAAAAAAGAAAGAUCUCUUCUUGCAUCCUCGUUUCUGUUCCCUUUGUCCUUCUUUGGCUCCAAGAAUCUUUCCUGCCUUUUGUUGAUCUCUGCCAACAUUUCUUGAUUAGGCCUGGUCUUGGUUAUGUGGACGGUCGGUCGGCGCAGCGCGGGCGGCGCCUCGUGGUAUGGACGUUGGGGUCUAUAAGAAGGUUGUGUUAUUGUUAUUCUCUUCUUGGUCUGUCCCUUCCGCCUGUUGUAGAAACAUUGCGUGUGAAACAAAUAAGCAUCCUUUAUGCCAAUGAACUUCUCCGCCG